GUUGCCAAGUUAAACCUAAGUUAAACCUACAAAACCCGUCCACGUAAAAAUGUGGAAAGACUGGUUUUGUCAUGUGAUCUAACACUGGAGACACACACCUCCCUGAGGACUUCAUGUUUAAACAGGGAAGUGAGAGUGAGAGAGUGGACACGUCCGUGUUCACACACCUGUAAUUGUUUCAGAUACAGUUUGGCUUAGUUAUUUUUUAUACUGACAGGAGUCUGUCUUAACUGAUGGUUUCUCCUGAUAUUUACGUUGAGGACCCAAAAGAUUGUUUAGAAUCAGAAAGACUGCUGAGAGAGAAAGUACCUUGUUUUAUUUGACCAUCAACAGCUGGAUUAGCUUGUCAGGUGUCAUCAUGGGUCAACUUUUGUCCAGAAAUAUCAAGAAGCCUCCUCAGGUGGUUCUACUGGGUCUGGAUUCUUCUGGAAAGUCCACCCUCCUCUCCAUGCUCCAAACAGGUCUGGUCAUGGACACUUCCCCCACUGUGGGCUUCAAUGUGGGGACUCUGGAGCUGAACAAGAACACAUCUCUCAUUGUGUGGGACGUGGGAGGCCAAAGCAAGAUGAGAUCCAACUGGAGGUACUACUUGGACGACUGUAAGGCUUUGGUUUUUGUGGUGGAUAGUAAUGACCGGGCUCGUAUGGGGGAGGCCCAAAAAGCCCUGAAGAAAGUUCUGGCAGACGAGAACCUGAAGGAUGUUCCUCUGAUGGUGCUGGCUAACAAGAAGGACCUUCCCAAUUCUAUGACCAUCCGGGAAGUGUCCAACCUGCUGGAGCUUCCCAGCUAUAAGGACCGAAUGUGGGAAAUCCAGGCAUGCAGCGCUCUAAAGGGCCUAGGGCUGAUGCAAGCCUUCCUCUCUGUGGCCAAACUUAUCUGUGAGAGCUGAAGGAGGUGGGAUGACAGGCACUAGUGGGUUGCAGGACUGGGUUCAAUUCAUCAAUUAUGGAAAAUGUGGUAUAGCAGGAUUGGCCAAAGAGGGUAGCUGGUGGUGAAAAGCCUGCUGGUGUUGCCUUGGGAACUUCACCAACUGGAUAUGCUCCAGAGACUUGAGCAACUAACCUCAUGGCUGUGGUACAAACCUCCAAAUUGUGACUUUUCAAGAAUCUUAACUUUUUGUUAGGUAUAAGGAGACAUUCAUAUACAUGUAUAUAAAUAAAUGUGCAUUCCGCUGACAAAUGUA